AUGAGUAAAAGAAAUAAAAGCUUAGCAGAUAGAAAGAAAUCUAAAAGCAAAUUAAAAACAGCAAUAUCGUAAAGAAAAAAUUCAGAUUCAUAAGAUAAUAAUUUCUAUUAAGAAUUCCAAAUUUUCUAUCCUCAAGCUUAGAACACCACUUUUACUAAGUUUGAAUACAUGAAAGAAUUCUUUAAUUUGGGUCUCGCUCAAUUUCCAACUGAUGAAGAAAUCAAUUAGAUAUAACUAGACAUUCUUACUACAAGUGGUUGGAAUUCUAAUCUCAAGAAAAAUUGGACUCUUAAUGAAAAAAAAGUCUUAAUUUGGCUUAUUGGCAAACUUAGCUAAUUAAGAAAUGAAGACCUAAGAGAUUUGUCUACUGAACUUUUUGAAGAAGUUUCAAAGAUGAUAUGUCGUAGAGAUAAAGAAUAAUGUAAAUUAAAAUGGGCUUAAAUGUAAAAGGUUGUUUUAUAAUAACAACCUUUUAGACCAGAAGAAGAUAAAAAAUUAUAUGAAAUAAUUAUGCAUUAUUAAUCCAUUGAUCAGGGUUAAAAAUGGAGUCAAAUUUCAUAAGAAUUAAAUCAAAAUUCAUCUGUUUAUCGCUCUAGUAAACAAUGUCGAGAAAGGUGGUUAAAUCAUCUCAAUCCUAAAAUUUCAAAGUAUCAUUUAUUUUUUAAUAAAAAUAGAGAACCUUGGACAGAUGAAGAAGAUAUUAAAUUAUUGUAAACAGUAAAAGAAAUAGGAAGAAGAUGGGCAGAAAUUUCUAAAAUUAUGGAGGGAAGAAGAAGUGAGAAUAAUUUAAAAAAUCGAUUUAAUAGUCUUAUAAAAAGAGAAAAAGAUUUGCCUUACCUGUAAUAUUUAAAUUUAUAUUUAUAGUUAAACUUAAAAUGGAUCAAUUACUAACUUGGAUGAUUUAUUAUCUGGAUAUACUGGACCAGAAAUAACUGAUAUUUAAAAGUAAGCUAUAGAUGCUGUGUUAAAUAAAUUAAAGUGGAGAAGUGCUGAAACUUAAAAUAACAAUAAUCGCAAGAAAUCAAUUGAAAUAUCAGAACAAUAAAAUAAUUAAGUAAAGCCGACAAUAAAAUAGCGAACUUAAAUUAAUGUCUAAUAUACAGUUGGAGAUUUAGAAUAAGAGCAAAAUAUUAAAGAAUUAAUUCCAUGUUUAGUUAAUGUAAAUAAAAACCUCAUUUAUUUUUGUAAUCAUGAAACUUUAGAACAAUAUUAUGAAUUGCAUCAUUAAAAACAACAUUAAUUUAAAGAUUAAUUUGAUAAAAUUAAAAGUGAAUUGCAUAUUUUUGAUACUGGAUUCCAAAAUUUCAAAUCAACCUUAAGUAUGAUAGAAGAAAUAGAUGAUUCAUAAAGAAGUCAUAUAAAUUUUUAUACCAGUGACGUAGACGGUUUUUUGAAUCUCGAAACUCCUGAAACAUUUUCCAAACCUAUUUAUGUAAAUCCAAUAGAAAUCAUCACUCAUUCUGCCUUGAAAUACAUCCACCGAUGGAAAACUGAUAGUUAACUCAAUGAUAGACGUAGAAAUAGCAUAACCAUACCAAGAUCAUUGCCAAUUUUGAUAUAAAUUUAAACAUGAAAGCCUC